AUGCCACCAAAGCAGCACCAGCAGACGAAAAAACUGGCGGUGACAGAAAUGAGUGUUGACGAUCUCCAAUUAAUGAUAACACAGGCAGUAGGCGCCGCCAUGAAACCUCUCCAAGAUAGUGUGAAUACCUUGCAACUAGAAAUAACCAGCCUGAGGGAGACAGUUGAGAAACUGUCGGAGGAGCUUGCGGACAAAGAUCAACAAAUUCAACAGUUGGAGACAGCAGUGAAAGUUGGGUUAGACGAGAGGGAGCAGUACAGCAGACGAAAUAAUGUGAGAAUUUUUGGUGUCAAGGAGCAGAGUAAUGAGGACACAAACAACUUGGUGAUUGAUCUGGCUAAGAAAAUGGGAGUCCACCUGGAACAUUAUCACAUUGACCGAUCUCAUCGCAUCGGUAAAGCUGGAGAAAGGCCGAGACCUAUCAUUGUGAAAUUUGUCAGCUAUGCAGAACGUUCGUCCCUGUUCUCUGCGAAGAAGAGAUUGAAAGGAACUGGAGUCACAAUACGUGAAGAUUUAACUAAAAUGAGAAUGGACCUACUGAAAACUGCUGUGUCACAUUAUUCAAACAAUGCAGUGUGGACCAUCGAUGGAGUGAUCCUGGUCAAGGUGAACAAGGACAGACCCUUCCGGGUCAGGAGUGACGGGGACCUCAACAAACUUAUGAAGAACCACCCACCCAGUGAGCUACAACAUUGA